AUCAGUGCUCUGCGUCUAACACCAAAACGUCUCGCGAGAUGUCAUAUUUUAUUGAUUUGAAACAUGGCGUCGGAAGGAGAAGCGGCCAAUGCUUCUGUUGUUGAACCAGAGACCGGGGACGGUGAUGCUGGAUUUGGGGACUUGACAGGCAACCUGGAGACUGAGUCAUCGAAUGGCAAAGAGGCCAUGGAUCCGGGUAGUGAGGGUUUGGACGCAGCUGACACCCAGACAGGUUCUGGGGACGAGGAGAGCGGCAGGCGCCAGGGAGAGGUGGAGCUGCAGUGUGCUCUCUGUAUGAAGUGGUUCACCGCCGACACCUUCAGCAUUGACACCGCGACGUGUCUGCCUUUCAUGACCAACUAUGUUUUCCAUUGUAACGUGUGUCAUCACAGUGGCAACACUUACUUCCUCCGGAAACAAGCCAACCUGAAGGAGAUGUGUCUGACUGCUCUGGCUAACCUCACAUGGAGCUCCAGGACUCAGGAGGAGCACCCCAAGACUAUGUUCUCCAAAGACAAGGACAUCAUCCCGUUCAUUGAUAAGUACUGGGAGUGUAUGACCACCCGACAGAGACCUGGAAAACUUACAUGGCCCAACAACCUAGUCAAGACCAUGAGUAAAGAGCGGGAUGUGUUCUUGGUGAAGGAGCACCCAGACCCAGGCAGUAAGGACCCAGAGGAGGACUACCCCAAGUUUGGCCUGCUGGACCAGGACCUGGGCAACAUUGGACCGUCUUACGACAACCAGAAACAGACCACCGCUGCUCCCACUCCUGGAGGGCUCAACGGUGGACCUUCUUUCUCAGGUGGUCUGGCCCCUGGCCCAGGUAAAGGUAGAGGAGCCAAGCGUAAGCAGCAGCAGCAACAACAGGAGGGCGCCACAGCUGGAGCAGCUAAGAGAACACGCAGUGACCCUCUGUUCUCGGCCCAGCGUCUUCCUCCCCAUGGCUACCCUCUGGAGCACCCCUUCAACAAAGAUGGCUACCGCUACAUCCUAGCAGAGCCGGACCCCCACGCCCCCGACCCAGAGAAACUAGAGCUGGACUGCUGGGCUGGGAAACCCAUCCCCGGAGACCUCUACAGAGCCUGUCUCUACGAGAGAGUACUGCUAGCCCUGCACGACAGAGCCCCACAGCUGAAGAUCUCAGAUGACCGUCUGACAGUGACAGGGGAGAAGGGUUACUCCAUGGUCAGAGCCUCCCACGGUGUCAGGAAAGGAUCUUGGUACUUUGAGGUCUCCAUCGAUGAGAUGCCCCCGGACACCGCAGCCAGACUGGGCUGGUCUCAGCCUCUGGGUAACCUGCAAGCCCCCCUGGGCUAUGAUAAGUUCAGCUACUCAUGGCGUAGUAAGAAGGGGACACGGUUCCACCAGUCUGUAGGGAAACACUACUCCUCAGGCUACGGGCAGGGAGACACGCUGGGCUUCUUCAUAGAACUACCAGACGGCACUGAGACAGCCAAGGCACUGCCUGACACUUACAAGGACAAGGCGCUGAUUAAGUUUAAGAGCUACCUGUACUUUGAGGAGAAGGACUAUGUGGACAAGGCAGAGAAGAGCCUGAAGACUGUUACCCCCAGCAGGAUGCUGUUCUAUAAGAAUGGGGUUAACCUGGGUCUGGCCUAUGAAAACCUGUUUGAGGGGCUCUACUUCCCUGCCAUCUCUCUCUACCGGGGCUGCACGGUUUCAGUUAACUUUGGACCACUUUUCAAACACCCUCCAAAAGACAUCAAGUACCAGCCAAUGAGUGAUAUGGGCUGGGGAGCGGUGAUCGAACAUACACUGGCUGACAUGUUGUAUCACGUAGAGACGGACGUGGACGGACGGCGUAGCCCUCCCUGGGAAGGAUAAACACACACAGAUGGCCAGUUGUGUUUGGAAAGGCAUGGAAGAGUCCAUUCCAUCAUUUAUAGGUGGGUUGAUGUCAGCCUGAACAUGAACACUUUGUUUAAGGGACACCACAGAGAGACUGCAUUGUCAUUGGUAACUUAAAUCAGCUGUACCCUUCUAUUGAACAAGAUGUGUGUGAUCUAAAAUGAGACUUGCUUGUCUGAACAACUCUUUUUGGUGUAUGAUGCACUUUAGGUGUUCCAGCACUAUAAAAUAAUGUAUGUAUGGACAAGUUUCAAAUUCAUUAUCCAUUUUUGUCAAACACCCCAGAUAUGCUUAGUUCCAGAUAUUAUUUCUUCAAGCAUAUGAACAUAUUCUGUUUUUGUUCAUUACCUGCCAGCUGGUCUCAAGCUAGGGUUCCAUACUAUUGGCCACAGAUCUUCAUGCAAAUAUGAUAAAAAUCUGACUGGUUGCGAAUUAGUCUGCGUGACGACGUAGUGCACAUAAAAAUAACUUUUGUGGUUAAAUUCCUAUGUACCGAAUAAAAAAACAAAAUCAA